AUGUCGGCAGCCGCCACCUACCCCUACCAAGGGCGCUGCCUCAAGGAAAACGGCCCCGAAACGCCUUCGUUUCCACCCAGGUUCAGGAGCCAGGACGGGAGGAGAACGGCGCAGAAGCGGAAGUGGCGCGUGACGCCGGAAGCGGAAGUCUUUGAUCUCAUAGCAACAGACUGUCACUCCGUCGGCGGUACAACCGAAGAGCUCCCUUCGCCGAGCGGGAGGAAUAAGCGCGGGGGGAUGGAGGCUCCAUCUCUCUCCGCGCUCCCGGACUCGAUUCUGCUUCAGAUUCUGGAGUUACUGCCGCCCCGUGACCGGCUGGGCGGAGCCAGGGUCUGCAGACGCUGGCAUCGCCUGGUGCGAGACAAAUUACUUUGGAGGCACUUGGACCUGACUCCUUACAAGAUGUCCUCCAAGGCCCUGUGGCACCUCUUGCGAAACCAUCUCCGAGGCAACCUGCGGACGCUGAGAGCACGGGGAUGCCUCCACUCCGUCCGGAAGCAAGAGGUGCUUUCCCCAGCACUGAUGCAGGCCUUGGGCAAGCAGUGUCCCAACUUCCACCGCCUGUGCCUGAGCGAGACAGACCUCCGGGCUCUCCCCUACGACUGUAUGCCCCCGUCUCUCACGACUCUGGAGCUGAGCCGCUGCGAGAUUCCUUCCGUGUGGUUCCAAGGGCCCGGCUCCUCCCAGGCCUUCCCACGGAUCCAGCACCUCGUCAUCCAGAAUGUCCCCGCCUUCUCCAACCAGCACUUGGCAAAUAUCGCACGCCAGGGCACGCUCAAGACGCUGGUUGUAUCGGAGGCCUACCGGGUGACAGACGGGGGGAUCCAGGCCACAGCACCGCACCUGGGAGAGCUGGAGUCUCUUGCCCUGCGCCAGUGCUGCGUUGGCGAUCUGGCGACUCAUUUCAUCGGGCGCCACAUGAAGCGCCUGCGCCUCUUGGACCUCAGCGGCGGCUCCUCCCUAACGGACACCUGCCUCCCUUGCUUCAGCAGCUUAGCAAGCUUGGAAGUCCUGCGCCUUGAAGCCUGCUGCGGGCUUUCCCCGGAGGCCAUCGCGGCCACUUGCCGGGCGCUGCCUCGGCUAAAGCAUCUCGAUGUGAGCAAGGUUGGAUUCGACGAGCGGACGGUUCACCAAAUCCAGGCCGGGCUGCCGAACUGUGUCGUGACGUGCAGUGCCUCCGGCAGAGUUGCCAAAGUAAAAACGUAG